AUCCUCCCCUAACAAUUGCCCCCAAAAUAUAAGGAGUAAUGUGUAAAUUAGCGAGUUAUAUUUUCUUGAUCUUAUCUGCAACUAACUAACGGAUAUAUAGCCUUUCAGAUUAAACUAGCCAUUGCUGAUCUUACGUCACUGAAGUGACAGCCCUGCAAAAUUAUCAUUAUAAAUUCGAGUUAGAGAUAAGGGUUAGGAAGCAUUUAAAUUCGAGCGUUACACCCUUUAAAUCCUCAUCCGAAGAUCAACCAGGUACUUCUCUCUCCCUUUUCUCUUCAUCUUCUUACUCUGUUCCUUCUUUCUUUACAUCACCCAUGGCCAAGAUGACUUUAAGAUCCUCACCGGCUAAGGAUCACCAAAAAGAUAGUCCCCUAAAGAGCCAAGGGAUUAUCAAGGAUUCUCCGUAAGAACGUUGCUGCUUUACUGAUCCGGAGAUAGACCGGAUUCGUCACUGCUUUCCGGCAGACUCUGUUUUUUAAACGUUUUGAUCCUACCUCCCUGAGUGACUUCGUUUCUGAAACUUGGGUCGCUUUUCCGGCUACCCCAUUUCUGAUAUGAUACUCAUAUCCUUUCCCAAUUCUCACCUAGUCUUUCUUCUCCCUUACCGGCAUAUCCUAUAUCCAGGCCAUGGCAACAAUGUGGAGGGUUUUAUAUGCCCUUGAAAGGAUUAUUGAGCAGGAAGACAUUGAGCUGGGGAUGUUGGAAUUCGCUGAACUGUACAAUCUUAUGAGCCAUGGAUUUCACCGCUACCUGUUCAAACAUAAACCCGGUGAUGCACACCCAAUCCUCAAGACCACCAAGAAUGACACCAAAUCUAUCUCUGUUUCCCAUAUCAUUACAUCGCCUGCAACAGAAGAGAGGAUCACUGCUUUCUGGAAUCUUGAUCUUGCAGCAAGAUCAUUUCAAGCAAACACCAAGGAUUCUCAAGAAGUAUCCUCAGGCUCAGUCACAAUGUCAAGUGCUGGAAAAUCCUCAAAGUCAGCCUCUCGCUUCCGUGUCAGUGAUCUUAGCAAUGUGGGUCCUCGGUCUGCAAAGAAGAAAGCUGCUGCUAGCCCCAACGCUAUAAUCCCUAAACCUGUCACCUCCAGGGGGGAAAGAAGAGGAAGGCCACCGAAGCUGACAACCUGGAAGGAUUGCCUCUAAUCCGCCACCAGUUUGAGGAGUAUUUCUCCAAUAAAUUCGCCAAGAUCCAGAUGCUCUUUGACGCGUACGUUGAAGAGGCUGAGCAGAAGUGUUAGGGGAGGAUUUCUUAAUGACCUGUGAUCCUUAAUUACUGUUGGGUUUGGUGAUCCUCACUUCUGUUUCAGUUAGUGAUCCUCAGAAGUGCUACAGGAUCAGGAUCAUGGAUCAUCUUAAGGAUCCUUUACUAACGAUUGUCUACAUUGAAUGUGGUAUUGUUUUGCAGGAGUACCAGCUUGGACCUGGUCUUAGCGACAUUCCUGGAGCAUCUUCCAUGUUUAUUCCGCACGUGCUCAACUAAAAGUGGACGUUAUGGAGUCGUGGGGGACUUGCACCAUUUGCGGAAUGUUAGUUAGUGUAGAUAUUUUCCAUUUUUAAAGGGGUAGCGAGCUAAUUAGAAAACACUUUUGGCUAAUUUUGGCUACACACACUCGUACAACUGCUCUCACCAGCUCUUGGCAAUUCACCUGGGGAUUACACACAUUUUUACACAAUACACUAUAGUGAUCCUUGUACUUAGCUCGCUAUCAUCCAAAGUUGUAAUACAUUCAUUGUUUAAUUUGAGUUGGUGAUUGG